CUCUCAAGCAACGACUGCAAGUUUCAGGGGCUAUCUCCGGCAGCAUUUAGCACUCCGUCGGUUUCCGUGCACUCCGAUGUCGCGCAUUCGUGCCUUCACGCGAUGUGCUCGCGUUAGCGCAAGGCACUAUGGCUGAGCCCAUGUGUGCAAUUGGCACGCCCUUACAUAGGAAGUGGCGCUACCAAGGGGAUUAGAGCUAAUGAGCUUACAUCCCUUGGCCUACCUGCUUGCCAAAGCUUACGUGUGUCCUCUGGCUGGCACAGACUGGCAGCUUAAUCCCCGUCGUCGCAAGCCCAGCAAAUGCUGCAAUUAGGUCAUGUCACCCUCACCACCUAUAGUUGGGAAGAUAUGUUGGUUGAGGGGGCCUGUGUGGCUGGUCCGAUGCAAGCAGGGGUGGAUGCAAGUGCACGGUCGGCACAGGCCGACACGGCCUCGGGGCCAUGCCCCAUGCAGAAUGGAGUCAGCUCUGAAGUGUCUGGAGCGGAAUUUUAUGAGCACUCGUUCCCGAAGUUCUUCGGUGCAGUAAUGGCUGCCAAUGACGAGAGCUCGGCCUUGCAGGCCAUUAAAUACAAGCGCGGAAGCCUGCAGCUUCUAGAUCAGCGCCUGCUGCCGUUUAGGACAGAAUACUUGGAUGUUCCUGAUGUUAAGGCUGCAUGGACCCAGAUCCGCGACAUGGUCGUUCGCGGUGCGCCGGCAAUCGGCUGCACUGGUGCAUUGGCGAUGGCGGUGGAGCUUCACGCGCUGAAGGGCGCUGGCGCAGCAUUUGGCUCGGCUCAGGAGGCUCUGGAGUUUAUCAACCAGACUCUUGACUUUCUGGUCACCAGCCGCCCCACCGCCGUGAAUCUGGCUGAUGCCUGCAACCGGCUCAAGGCGGUCGCCGCCACCGCCGCCGCCGCCGACGGCGCGAGCGCUGUGGGCGUGUGCGGCGCCGUGAUUGAGGCGGCGGAGGCGUAUCUGGCCGAGGACAUCGCGUCCAACAAGGCCAUGGGCGCCUUCGGCUCGGCUGCGCUGCUGGCGGCCGUGAAGGCCGCCGGGCGUGGCACCGCGGGCGGGCGGGUGCGGGUGCUGACGCACUGCAACACCGGCAGCCUGGCCACGGCCGGGUACGGCACAGCGCUGGGCGUCAUACGCGCCCUCAGCGAGCAGGGCAAGCUGGAGCACGCGUUCUGCACUGAGACCCGCCCCUACAACCAGGGUGCCCGGCUGACGGCGUUCGAGCUGGCGCACGACCAGCUGCCCGCCACGCUCAUCUGCGACUCGGCGGCGGCGGCACUCAUGGCAGCGGGCCAGGUGGACGCAGUGGUGGUGGGCGCGGACCGUGUGGUGGCCAACGGCGACACCGCCAACAAGAUCGGCACCAACGCGCUGGCCAUUGCGUGCGGCCACUUCGGCAUCCCCUUCUUCAUCGCCGCGCCCACCACCACCAUCGACCCGGACCUGCCCUCGGGGGAUCACAUCGUCAUCGAGCAGCGCUGCCACACCGAGGUGACGCACCACAAGGGCGAGCGGGUGGCGGCACACGGCGUGGGGGUGUGGAACCCCUCCUUCGACGUGGCGCCGGGCAGCCUGAUUGAGGGCAUCAUCACGGAGAAGGGCAUGGUGCCCAAAAAGGAUGGAGCAUACCAGAUCCGCUCCUUCAUGCACAACCUGGGGCUGUGGAAGCCGCCCACCGGCCAGUCUCUGGACGCCGCCGAGCAGGCCACGCUGGCGGCCCCUCACGGCUUCCGGGCUCUGGACUGCGACAGCGUCAGGCACUACGUGGCAGCGCGGCCGCCGCUGCAGCAGCGCGUGGGGCCGCCCGCCUCCGUGGACAGCUGGACCGUGCGCGAGGUGGGUGACGGCAACAUCAACUUCGUGUUCAUCGUGGAGGGGCCGGCGGGGGCGCUGUGCAUCAAGCAGGCGCUGCCCUACGUGCGCUGCGUGGGCGAGUCCUGGCCGCUCACUCAGGACCGUGUGCGCAUCGAGACGGAGGCGCUGGCGGAGGAGGCGGCGGUGUGCCCCGAGCACGUGCCCGCCGUGUACCUGUACGACAAGGCCAUGUGCCUGAUCGCCAUGCGCUACCUGGCCCCGCCCUUCAUCAUCCUGCGCCGCGGGCUGGUCGCCGGCGCCACCUACCCCCGCCUGGCCGGCCACCUGGCGGCCUUCCUGGCCAGCAGCCUGUUCCACACCUCCGCCAUCAAGUUGAACACCACCGCGUUCAGGCAGAAGCAGGCGCAGUUUGCGAAUGACGAGAUGUGCCGACUGACCGAGCAGGUCAUCUUCACCGAGCCCUACAUCAAAGCCGACAACAACCACUGGACCUCCCCCCAGCUGGAUGCUGACGUGGCGGCGCUGCAGUCCGACGUGGCAGCCAAGGUGGCGGUCAGCCGCCUCAAGGCCGCCUUCGUGGGGCAGCCGCAGGCGCUGCUGCAUGGAGACCUGCACACCGGCUCCAUCAUGGUAACCGCGGAGGAGACGGCGGUGAUCGACCCCGAGUUCGCCUUCUACGGCCCCAUCGCAUUCGAUGUCGCCAAGAUCCUGGCCAACCUGUUGUUGUGCUACUUCUCGCUGGACGGGCACGAGGCGGCGGCGGGGGCGGGGUCGCGACAGGCGCAGCGAGAGUGGCUACUGGCCACCCUCCGGGACACCUGGACGGGCUUCGUGGCGGCCUUCACGCGGCUGUGGGACGCCCACGGCGGCGCCGGCGACCUGUACCCGGCGGCGCUGGCGGGGCCGGCGGGCGGCCCCGUGCUGGCGGCGCUGCAGGCGGACUUCUUUGCGCAGCUGUGGGGCGAGACCGUGGCGUUCAUGGGCGCGUUCGUGAUCCGGCGCCUGGUGGGCAUUGCGCACGUGGCCGACAUGGACUCCAUCGCGGACGCCGACACACGCGCCGCCUGCGAGCGCCGGGCGCUGCACUUCGGGCGGCGCAUGCUGGUGGAGGCGGCGGCGGGCUUCACGAGCAUCGAGGCGCUGGCGGAGGCGGCCGUGGCGGCGCGCAGUGCUUGAUGUGGGGUGUGGCGGGAGCGGGAGAGGAAGUGGAAGUGUGAGGAGGAUGGAGGAGGCGGAUAAAAGCUCGAGCCGGGUGUGCGAGUUGUGUAUGCUCGAGCCCACCAAAAUGGGUCCAAAGCACCCCUGGUCGAAGGUGUCUGGGGAUCGUUGCCAAACCGAGGGUAGCAGGGCGAGACGAGCGACGGAUACGGAUAUGACCUUCAGCUGCGGGCGUGGCGCGUGGGAGCAGGUGUAUAAAAGCUGUUGAGGUCAAUGAGGUGCCGUGUUGGGGGGAGCGGGGUAGGGCACUUCAUGCGUGGCCCUACAUGGCCGCUUACUUGGACGUUGGACCCAGGUGGGGAACAGGGUUUGAUAUUUUGAGCUGUGGGGCAGUCGAGCAGGUGGCAAGGGGCCACAGCAUGGCUCGUGGUGUGUGUGAAUGGGGCAGGGGGCAAGCAAGGGCCUGCGACCGAUGACAAUAUUGACUUCCGACAAGCUGUGCACGAGAGGCCGGAAGAGAGCAGGAGAGAGGGGUGAUCAAACACACAGCAGGAUGUGCGGCCGAACCUGCGGUAUGCUGUGGAAGCACGCCCGGGCGAGUACACCCGGAUGUAAGCAAGUAUAAAGAGUCAGAAAUUGUAUGCUUAAGUUCAUGGG